GUUAGCAUUAGAAGCCACAAACUAGUAAAACUAUCAUCUGCUUCACAGUGAGGACUUCUAUUUGCUAGUAAUUUGUUUUCUGUUUUUUUUUCCAAUGUUUGCGACGGAUGUUGGAUUGAAAUCCAAUAGCUAAAAAUGAAAAUGCUCCUGUAGAAAUUUCAUUUUGGUCCAUCAUUCAUCAUCGCGUACUCAACGAUCGCAACGUUUGGCUUAGUGUCAUCACACUCGUCAAGCAAGAGCCACCUUUCGCUUGUUUACAGCUCGGAAGAAAGACCUUGUCGCAAAAAAAUGCAGCCCUCCUGGUUCACAGUUCCUGAACAACGACGACAGAAACAGCUCUAAUUAAUGUCGGCGUCUCUUGUUUGUUUGUGCUGAUAACAACGCCAGCCACGACGGCGGCAUUCUGCACAGACGAGCUUUAGCUGCCAGAGCUCUUUAUUGCUACAGCCAUGGAUCCACCAGCACGACCGCAGAUGAGCGAGCCGACUCCGGCCAGCUCGAGCACUGCGCCGAUGCCCAAUGGUGCAACCGGAUCUUCGGGCAAGCCCACCUCCAGUUCCCUGAAACGCGAGGGUAAUGACUGGAUGAAGCAGAAAAACUACGAGAAGGCGAUAGAAAAGUACACCGAAGCCAUAGGAGUUGCGAAUGACAACAAGGAGGAGACGGUGUAUCUACUGCAUUCAAACCGGGCACAAGCGUAUAUCAAUUUGAAGCAAUACGACAAGGCAAUGGAAGGUAUUGAAGCAAUUUUUCAUGCUUAGCUUCUUCUUGUUCUCGUCUGACAUUCAUGAUGUUCUUUGCGAGAUGAAGAUGAUGUUGUUGGUGAGAAAUUUUCACCCACGUUGUAUGUAUGACAGCGGAGCGAGGAGAUGACGCCUUUUGCUUUUGCAUGUAAAAUAUUAUGUCGUCCUCGUCGGUGCACAAAUAGAGCGUGAUAAAAUUAUGCGCAUGCGCGACGCGGAUGCGGAACUACCCCUACCGGAAAAACGAAAAAUGCAACCAGAUGCAGAGACAGCAAUAAGGCUGAAAGACGACUGGUUUAAGGGCUACUCACAUAAAGCGACGAUUUUACUCAAGUGGGAACGCUACGAAGAAAUACUGGAGGUUGGGCGCAUCGGGCUUACACACGUAUGAAUCCUUUUUCUUUGUGACUUAUUGACCGAAAAAAUGCCUAGCAUGUCAGGCCGUGCUUAGUGGUCCAAUUCUGAAUUUGGAUUUCUUGCAAGAACGAACCUAAGGAACGGAAAGUCAAAUCGUCGAGAAUCUUCAAUACGCACGUAAAACUUCUUCAGUGUGAGCGCGAAGCCGACGGCGAGGUGCUGCGUCAAAACGUGUCCCUGGCAAAGACUGGACUGUUUCUGCGCAAGAUACAAGGGAAGUGGACCGGUCGGGUGAAGGACGUCAUGGGCGGCUACCGCCAAUCCCUGGAGUUUCUUCCCGAGGGGCGCCUGAGCGUGCAGAUAAUGCACCGGGCGCAACAAUGUCAUUACUCGGUAUACAAAUACGUGAAAUAUACUUAUUUCAUUUGCGGUAGAAGUAGAACCACCAGCACCAGUGGGAAGUUCUGCAGGACAGAACUUGAACUUCUGACGUUCUUCACAAUUUAUUUGGAGCGUGGGGACUUUAUGAUCAUGCAUCUCGCUAUAUUAGAAAUAGUGCAGCUCUCACAGUCAUGUCAUGUCACCUCCAGAUUGAUAUGAAUUUCUACCAGGCCCGCGCUUACCCAAGUUCCGCGACAAGCAAUCCGAGUACUACUGCUGGCGACACCGACGCCGACAGCACGAGUAAGGAAGUUUACAUCAUCUCCUUCAUCCUGCCGAACGUCGACGCGCGGACGCCUUACCUGGCAAAGUUCUACAAGGACGCGGAAGACCAGGAGCAUUUGGUUUUGUGCUGCAACGCGGACGUAGUGAAGAGCAGCGAGGUGCCCGAACUCGCGGCGAUAGACCAGGACGGCGACGGCGUGUGCAACAUGACCAGACCGCAGAAUCAAUCGGAACGAAGGAAAGCCAGAGACGCGUCGAAAACGAUUUCCGAACGCGUGGAGGAGUAUAAAAACAAAAAGACAUUUUUGGUCUUUUUUUGUUGAAUAAAUUUGCAUCACCAUCAUAGCUGUGCUGCUGAGGCUGAGCCGCGACCCUGUACGAACGUGAACAUUGAUGUUUCAUCUUCACUAUCGCGUCUCCUGUGUACCUAUUCAUGCAAAUCAAAAAAUCAAACUUUUUCUAGGUUUUCCGAGGGCUACUGGGCGAUUCUGUGCAACCCGGAGCUGAUGUCCUGGACGGAAGUGAUAUCCACAGGAAAUAAUAUCCCGUACACGUACAUUGCAAAUGCCGUUUCAUUUGCAUGACAAAGCUUGCCUUGAAUCCACCUGUUUCGCACGACAAGUUGCAUGCUCGUCUCAGCAGCUGGCGAAAUUUUUCAUGCAUUUUGUACUACGUCGUGUGCGGGAAAUAAAAUUUGUAUUGCAUAACUGACAUCGGAGCGUCAGAUGCAGGAGGACCCGACAUUCGCCGCGCAGUCCAUCAAGCUCCAGUCCGCGGUCUUCGAUUUAGAAGAGGAGUACGGCAGUGAGGUGGUGGACGCCUUUUUUCUGCUCGUCUGCGACUUCGACGAAGACAAGCGGAAACUGGGUCUCGCGGUGCACACGAGCAAGAAAGCGAAGGAGAAGGUGGUCCGGUGUCGGGAGGUACUGGCGAAGAAGAACAUGCUGGAUUUCCAAGCUUUGAACGAGAAAAAACAGAAGUACCUUGACCAGCUGAAGGAUGACCCCGAUGGGAUUGCCGCCGCCUUGCGGGCGCAGGCAGAGAAGGACAAGGCCGGAACUACAAGCGUGACCGCAAGUACAACGUCCAAGAGUGGCACCGCGACCACCGCUGCGACGGAAGACGAGGGAAGCAGUAGCUCCACUGGUCUACUGAUGGGCCGCGGGGGACAAAGUAGUGGAGGAACGCAGUCCACUUCUCUGGGCGGUGCUCUAGACGGCAAGCUUCAGCUUUUCGGGCUCAGCGUCGACAAGAAGCUUCUCGCUGCGGGCGCAGGCAUGGUUCUCACCGGUACAAUGCUGGCUGCAUUCUUGAUGCGAAAAAAGGGAGGAGCGGGUCCUGGAGGCGCAGAGUUGUGAAGUACUACUAGCGGAGAUUUUUUUACGUCUAAUCUCCCCAACCACUUUUUCUACAUUAUGCGAUUGCCUCAUCCACCUCUUUAGGGCUCGCGGGCAACGACUCAACUUAUCUCGGAACAGAUGUUCCUGUUGAUAAAGUACUUUUAUGAUUUAGACUACAUACAUAGAUCUUAACGCAUCGAACGACAAGCGACGUGGACACUCACAGUAAAGCGAACGAAAAUUGGAUGG